GUCGGCCAUCUUUCAAAUUUGUUGUCGCAAUCUGUGGUAAUGUUCCUGAAAUCAUUAUGGAUCCUCUGAGCCGGCUGAAUGUUGUGCAGCUUCAAGAUCCGCUUUCCAAACCACUGGAUCUCUCCAAGAAGAUCUCCGAGGCCCUGGAUUUGGUGAAGAAGAAGCCGAGCUGGAGCAGCCGUGCCUCGGGGACCCAUGGUAUCCGUUGUCCUCGAUCGGAGUUCAGUUACGAGUCCAUGUGUGUACCUUUAAAUUCCUCGCUACGAAACGGACUCACCCACGAACCCGUGAAGACGCCGAUGACCGCUAUGGAAAACAUCCAGACUGAUGGGGAGAUUGGAAAAGUUACCGAUAGGCACAGGACGGGAGAGAAAAGAGACUGGAACGUAGCAGGAUUUCAGGACGCUCCUCCAUCACUUUCCAGUUUCCGGCUCCCUGUUACCGCCGCCGAAACCCUGUCAUCAGAUUGUUCUGGACACUGCGUUUACAGUGAUGACAGCAGUGUGAUUGAGGUUCCUGUGAGCAACAGUGCCUCGCUGAUGCUCAGAGAUGCAGAAAACCAGAAACUGGAAAAAGAAAGGAUGGAAAAUUCUUCUCCGAUCCCGAUAGAGUCAUACAUACUCCAGGACAGCGACUCACUGGAAUCCAGAAACAUUCCGUCUACCUCAGAAGCAGAAAACGCAGAGAAACCGACACAGAACAGAUCCAGACCAUCGCCAUCACCGGACCAGAAGCGGGUGCCAGCGUUUAAGAAAAAUAGAAACCAACAGCGCAAGAAAGCAACAGCGAGCAUAGCAAAGAAAAAGCAGCUCUCUGGAUCAUCACCACCUCCAUUUUCGUUUCCUUCCCACGGACCUGAGAUCAAGCUGAAGUACGCAAGCUGCAAGGAAGAGAAACGAGAAGGCAGAGGGAAUGCUUUCGCACCGUAUGUCCGUAUGGAGUUCUCCGCCUGCACCAUAGUCAACUUUGAGGAAGAGGGCAACAUCCAGGUGAAGACACAACGACGUGGAUCCCCCGGGAUCGUCCCCACCAGCUCGUGUUUGCAUCUGGGACGCCUGAAGUCUGAGAGCAGGCAUCAGACCGGCGAGCUGUGCUGCUUGUGUGGCCGUAUGGCCAACGCCGCAGGUUUAGGGGACCUGCACGGUCCGUACCAUCCCAUAGAGGUGUCCACGAAUCUUCUGAUAAACGGACACGAGCACAGCGGUGCGGAUAGGACACGACCAUCAGACGAGGCCGGUGAGCGCUGGGUUCACGAGGACUGCAGUAUCUGGUCAACGGGAGUUUUCCUGGUUAAAGGAAGGCUGUAUGGUCUGGACGAGGCAGCCAGGCUCGCGCAGGAAACCGUGUGUUCGUGUUGCCUCUCAUGUGGUGCCACACUGGGCUGCUUCUUCAAAGGAUGCCCGGAUAAAUACCACUUCCCCUGCGCUCGCCAGGCUGGAUGUGUGUUUAAUGAGGAGAACUUUACUGUGAGAUGUCCAAAGCACAAGAAUAAAUCAGGACUGGCUGUGAGCCGACUGCAGAACAGAUUACUGCAUGCAAAUAAAACCCGAGUAUAAUAAUAAUUAAAAUAAUGGAAAAAGUGAACUCGUGAUGUUCAUGAUUCAGAGUGAGAGAGGAAGAAGUACAUCAGGGUUUUUAUUUUAUUUUUAUUUCCUCUACAUAAAAUGUAGAAGUGUUUACAUUUUCCUCACACACAGAGGAACAUCUCUGAAACCAAACUGCCUUCAACAUCUCCUCCACCUUCUCUUUCACCUUUUACUUCUCUUUCUCCUGCACCUUCAUUUUCUCCUCCACCUUCUCCUUCACCUUUUACUUCUCUUUCUCCUGCACCUUCACUUUCUCCUCCACCUUCUCCUUCACCUUUUACUUCUCUUUCUCCUGCACCUUCAUUUUCUCCUCCACCUUCAUUUCCCCUCCACCUUCUCCUUCAUCUUUUACUUCUCCUCCUCUACCUUCCCCUUCAUCUUUUACCUUUUCUCCUCCACCUUCAUUUUCUCUUCUACCUUCAUUUUCUCCUCCACCUUCUCCUUCAUCUUUUACUUCUCUUUCUCCUGCACCUUCAUUUUCUCCUCCACCUUCAUUUCUCCUCCACCUUCUCCUUCAUCUUUUACUUCUCCUUCUCCUCCACCUUCUCCUUCAUCUUUUAAUUCUCCUUCUCCUCCACCUUCUCCUUCAUCUUUUACUUCUCCUUCUCCUCCACCUUCUCCUUCAUCUUUUACUUCUCCUUCUCCUCCACCUUCUCCUUCAUCUUUUACUUCUCCUCCUCCACCUUCUCCUUCAUCUUUUACUUCUCUUUCCCCUGCACCUUCAUUUUCUCCUCCACCUUCAUUUCUCCUCCACCUUCUCUUUCAUCUUUUACUUCUCCUUCUCCACCUUCUCCUUCAUCUUUUACUUCUCCUUCUCCUCCUUCUCCUUCAUCUUUUACUUCUCUUUCCCCUGCACCUUCAUUUUCUCCUCCACCUUCUCUGCUGCUGUCUUUUCUAAAUAAAAGAGCGGAUGUUUUUAGGGCGCUGAAGGAUCAUCCCCUGAUUCCAGCGAGCAGAUUCCCUUCAGCGCUCCUUCCUUUAUCCCGCUUCAUGUUUUUUUCGUCGUCGUUUGUUUUCUUUGCACCUUUUCCACCAAAACUGUGUUCACAUACUCUGUAAUGUAUACUUUGGAACAACGGGUGCUGGAUUUCUUUCUUUUAAAGGAUGUGAACUUUACAGAUAUGUUUAUGAUUUAAAUGCACACGUUCGUGUUUAACUCCAGUCCGUGACGUCAUCUCCUCGGACGCCACCGUAUGCACUGUAGGUCAACAUAUUUAUUUUAUUUAUGUGUAUGUGUUUUUAUUCACUGACCAACAACCUCAACUGACAUGACUACAUGCUUUAUGACACUUUAGUAAUGCAGGGAUUAUUAUUGUUGUUGUUGUUGUUGUUGUUGUUGUUCAGGUGAUCAGACAUGACGUCUGUUGCACUUUCUGUUCAAGAGACUUUAAGACCCGAGUUUUGGAGAAAACGUGUAGGAUUGCACUCAAUGGUAUUCUUUUUUUUUUUAUUUUGUUUUUAUUUAUUAUUAUUUUUUUAAAAAAUCUCUGUAGGUUUAAAUAAACUUUUUUACACUCUCA